CCAUCGUACUCGGUUAGGGAGUAAAUGAAUGCUGCGCUAUUCCGCCUUUCAGAGGUCUUUAUCGUCUACUCGCCUAUAUAUACAUAAGCAGCGUAGCGAGCAUGUAUUGAAUCUUACUAAGAAAAAUAAAAACACGUGCUACCAAGCCCUAAACAUGCAGCCCAACUGCACUAGUUCAUUGCCACCCAAACCUCGCCGGCAUUUGACGGAGAAACACCGGCGGGAGCAAAUGAAAGGCCUUUAUCGUCGCCUCGCCUCUCUCGUACCCCAUGAAAAAUCUCUGGAAAAAUCUCCGGCCUUUGACGUGUUGGAUCAUGCCACUAACUACAUCAAACAACUAGAGAGCAACGUUAAUGAGCUGAAAGCAAGAAAGGAUAGCCUACAACUCCCAGUCUCCAUAACCGUGAAUGAAUGUGAGGGAGGUGAAAGUUUGGAGAUAAAUAUAGUGUGUGGAUUGGAGAAGAAGGAGGUGAUGAAGAUGCAUAAAGUGUUUCGGAUUCUUCAAGAGGAAGGCGCACAAGUUGUGAGUGCAACCAACUCAACUGUGGAUCUCAAGAUCUACCAUACAAUUAUUUGCAAGGCAUUUUCACCCAGAAUUGGAAUGGAUACCACUCGAGUGCAAGAACGGUUGAAGAAUUUUAUUUCUGAUCUCAUAUGAUUUCUACAAUCUAUAGAAAUACAUACAAAUACAAAUGUAAUAGGCCUAGGAAGUAAAAAAUGUUUAUUUCUAACCUCAUAUGAUUUCUACAAUCUAUAGAAAUACAUACAAAUACAAAUGUAAUAGGCCCAGGAAGUAAAAAAUGUUUGUGUAAUUGUUUAAUUAAAUUAAUGGUUCAGAUUAUUUUUGUUUUA